UCCGUUGUUUUAGCUUAAUGUAGUUCUUUCUUAUGUAUUAUUUUUUUUUAUUAGUUUUAACUUAAUUUAUUUUGAUUAUUUUUUCAAAUAAUAUUAAGUUUUAAUUUUUUUUUAUUUAUAUUUGCUUAAAUGUUGUUCUAAAAUAUUAAUGUCAAUAUUAAAACGGAAAAGUUAAUUCAAAUAAAAAAAAAAGAUUAAAAAUAUAAUUUGUAUGUCAAUAAGUGGCAGUGGGUGCAUAUUUAAAACACGAUCAGUAAACUCUCACAUGAUCAUCAUUAGUCGGUAAAUGUGAGACGUAAUUUUCAUUAAAGCAAUCUUAAUCAUUUUUUCGUCUCGUGUCUCUUUGUUUUUGAAUGUUUGUUCUCAAAAAUUAUAUGGGUCAGUAGUAUAACCGGGAACUUUUUGUGGUUCUUCCAAACCUAAACAAUGCACAAUAAUUGUUAGCUUAAUGUCUGUUCAAAGUGAGAACAAAGAUUUAUGAUAAAGGGUACACAUCGAUAAGGUCACUCAUCACACAAAUUGCGCGUCAACCCUUUGUUUUUUAUUGAGUUGCAACAAAUACUAUUGACACCUUCAAUAUAUUGCAUAUUUACACCGCACACACCUUUCAAAUGCAUUGCUGCAAUUGAUAGCACUAAUACCCUUCAUCAUCGUGAGCAGCGCGAACAAAAAAGCUUUCUUACAAAAGUUCUAAGCAACUAAGUCGAUACUCAAAUACUCACAAAAGCAACAACCCCUACUGAUACACACUUACUACUAUAACGCUUCUAUAAGUGCACUAUAGCACUGAUAUACAUCGUCGUGCGUCGCUCACCGCCAUUGCCGCUGCCACCACUCAAUCAGCGUUAGAUACUUGAGAUUAGAAGCAAAAUAAAAAACGAAAUAGAACCUAAACACAACGUGUAUAAAAGCUUUAUAGAUGUUUCGAAGAGCUAUCAGUCAGUGUUCAACCAUUAGAAAGGCAACACAAUUUUGUUAAAAGAGAAAACUUUUUAGAAGAAAAUAAAACUGUCAGAAAAAAGAUGACUUCAGAGGUUCUACCAUUAGGUUUGCUGGAAGCAAUAGCAAAAAUUGUCCAAAAGGAAGGUUUUGACAAUAAGUAUAUUUUGGAGACUAGCCAAUUGGCUGGUAUUGGUGAGAAUUCUUAUGGACUGGUGUUACAAGCCAAGAUCAGUUGUCCCAACAAAACAAGGGAACCAUUUUUUUGCGUCUUAAAAAUCGCUCCAUCCAAUCCAGCCCGCAGGAUACACAUGAGAGUUGCUGAUUACUACAAACGUGAAGCUUUCAUGUACAAUGAUGUUUUGCGAGCUUUUCAAGAAAUCCAAGAGGAAGAGAGAAUCCCAGUGGAGGAAGCUUUCAAUGCUAUACCAAAAGUUUAUCACGCAUCACUCAAGGAUCUUGAAGAGUUUUUCAUUUUCGAAGAUCUAAUCCAAGGCGGAUUCAGUCGAAAUUCCCGUUCGAACUUACCAACUUUCGAACUUGCCAUUUCAGCUUUGAAAGCUUUGGCAAAAUAUCACGCAAUGUCAUUUGUCAUACAAGCUAAGAAACCGGAAUUAUUUCAAAAGCUCAUUGGAGAGUUACGUUUCAAUGACAAUCUCUACACUCCAACCAUGGACCAAGUUACCAUUGAAUUUGCCAAGAAAUAUGUUCGCCGUACAAAGGAAAUGAUCGCCGACGAUAAACAUCGAUCAAAUCGAACAGAACUAAUGAAAGUGGUGCAAAUAUUCGAAGAUACGUUCAAAGAAAUUGGAUUGAGAUCUGUCGAUGGAGGUGGAUGUGCGCCGUAUGCGGUGAUCUGUCACGGUGACUUCUGGAACAAUAACGUUCUUUAUCGUUAUGACGAAUGCAACAACCCUAUCGAUGCUAAACUCAUCGAUUUCCAAAUGUCUCGAUAUGCUUCUCCGGUCUUAGAUAUCGUACACUAUCUGUUUGCUUGCACUGAAAAGGAACUUCGAGAUGCUCAUUUUGAUGAAUUUAUAAAUGUCUACCAUGCAACUUUAACUGAACAUUUGCGGCUCUUUAAUUUAGAUCCUGAGGUCAUAUUUCCUCGAUCAGUUUUAAAUAGUCACCUUAAAACCUAUGGACCUUAUGGUUUCUGCAUGGCGAUAUUUUCAGUGCCUUUCUUCAUUUGUGACUCAAGUGAUUUGCCAGAUUUGGAUGAAGUCUCCGAAGCGAUACAUGAACUUUCUUCUGAAGGAUCAGAUUCCGAAGACAGAAACCAAGAGCAAAAUAAUAAUAUCGAUUUGGAAAUGGAAAAGAAGAGUCGAGUUUUGGUGGAGGAAUUUGAAUUAUUGAACGAAAAAACAACACCGUUAUUCAAGAAACGCUUAACAGGAAUUGUACUAGAUUUGGUUAAGUAUGAUAUGGUUGAUGAGUUAGUUGCGUUUGGUAAGAAAGUUCGAGAAGAAAAAAUGACAGCAAAUUAAGAGAGAAAUGCACAAAUCGAUAAUUAUAGUGAGAGUUUUCCAAUGAGGCGUAUAUAUGUAAAUUAGCUAUCGAGAAGCUAAAAACAAAACAAUUGAGUACCUUACAGAUUGUGUUAUUAGAUAAACAAAAAAAUAAUAAUAAUAAUAAAAGAAAAAAAAAAACAGUAUUGUAUUUAAGUGUUUAAAAAGUUCAAAUCAAAUUUUAAUAAAAUUAAUAUGCCAAUGUAUGUAUUUUAAAAAAGAUUUUAA